GAGCGGCCGCUGCCCAGCCGCCAAGUUACUUUGUUCGCAGAGUUGCCGCGGAGGCCGGGCUGGGAGCCCCGGGCGCCCCGGGCGCUGUCGCUCGCAUCCCCGCGCCGUGCUCAGCGUCAACCGGGCAGCAGCGCCGAGGAAGCCCCCGUGGAAAAGCCGUGCGCGCCUUCCCCGAUAGUCCCCUCGCACUCGCACAGCCGGGGGAAGGGGUGAUGGAAGAGGAAGAACUUCCCUUUGUCGUAGGAGAGGAUUGAGUGACCUCCAAAGUUUUGUUCCGGGAGGAAACCGCUCGAAUAAGUUUGGUGUUUGCGAGGGCAGCGUGCUGGCCGGGCCGGGGGCUGCCAUGCUGCUGGCCCCUGCAGCAGGCAGAUAGCAGAGAUGGCGGCCUGAGGGCGCCGGGCCCGCGCGCAGACAUGGCCUUCGCCCAGUCCCACAUCAUGGCGGCCAGGAGGCACCAGCACAGCCGGCUCAUCAUCGAGGUGGAUGAGUACAGCUCCAACCCCACACAGGCUUUCACGUUCUACAACAUUAACCAGGGACGCUUCCAGCCCCCGCAUGUGCAAAUGGUUGAUCCGGUGCCCCAUGACGCUCCGAAGCCUCCAGGAUAUACACGAUUUGUCUGUAUUUCUGAUACUCACUCAAGAACUGAUCCCAUCCAAAUGCCAUAUGGAGAUGUGCUAAUACAUGCUGGUGAUUUUACUGAGCUGGGGCUUCCUAGUGAAGUAAAAAAAUUCAACGAGUGGCUAGGUAGCCUGCCCUAUGAGUACAAGAUUGUGAUAGCAGGAAAUCAUGAAUUGACCUUUGACCAGGAAUUCAUGGCUGACUUAAUCAAGCAGGACUUUUACUAUUUCCCCUCUGUUUCUAAGCUGAAGCCAGAGAGCUAUGAAAAUGUACAGUCUCUUCUAACAAACUGCAUCUAUCUUCAAGACUCUGAAGUGACGGUGAGGGGAUUCAGAAUAUAUGGCUCCCCUUGGCAACCUUGGUUUUAUGGCUGGGGCUUUAAUCUUCCACGAGGCCAAGCACUAUUAGAGAAAUGGAACCUUAUUCCAGAUGGAAUAGAUAUUCUUAUAACACAUGGACCACCUCUCGGUUUUCUAGACUGGGUUCCUAAGAAAAUGCAACGAGUAGGAUGUGUUGAGCUGCUGAACACAGUCCAGAGACGAAUACAGCCAAGGCUUCAUGUUUUUGGACAUAUCCAUGAAGGUUAUGGUGUCAUGGCUGAUGGAACCACCACCUAUGUGAAUGCAUCUGUGUGCACUGUGAAUUACCAGCCACUUAAUCCACCUAUAGUUAUUGACUUACCUACUCCAAGGAACACAUGAUUAUAAUGAGGAUUUAAAGUUGUACCCAACACAUAAGCAACUUUAUAUUGCUGGCUGAGAAUCCCAAUAGGGAACCAUUCAACAAAAAAGCAAAAUCCUUUUUUUUCCUGCUAGCUCUUCACAGAUAAAUUUGGAAUAACAAAAGUGGACAAGGAACAAAGACAUUUUGGUGCCAGAACCAGAUUAAAGACUAACAUUUCACCAUUAAAAUGUUUGUGAACACAGAAAAGUGAAUGCAUUCCACAUAUAUAUAUAUACAUAUAUAUAUAUCUAUAUAUAUAUAUCUCUAGUAGGGGCUUUUGUACAUACCGUAUACUGGACUUUAUUAAAAGAACGAUGUCUUUCAAAGGAGUGUUUCUUUAAGAAAGUUUGCGGUUUAAACGUAAGUGUUUAGACUAGGAUUUCCUCAUUUCAGAUGUUUUUCAGUGAGCUCUUGUUAAAAAAAAAAAAGAUGGUAAAGAUGUUUUCCCUUAAUCAACAUGGCAAAUAUAAAAGAUGAUGCACAAAUGACCAGUCAAAGGAGGAAAGCUAUUUCUCCAAGUCCUCCAGGUCUAAGUCUUUGCAUCUAUUCAAAACCAAUGCAAUACAGGCCCUAAUUCACUGUACUGAAAUGAAGUUUUACUACAUCUGGCAUUACAGAUGGCAAGGGAAAUGGUGCAUAUUGCCAGCAUGCUGUAAACAGCUCAACAUUCAAGAAGGGAGACUGUGUUAAGUGCAGUAUAAACUCAGGAAUUUGUAACCUGGCCUCGCCUGUUUGAAAAGAAAAAAAAGGAUGACAUUUCCCUUAAAAAAAAAAAAGAAAAAAUAUAACUGUGUUUUCAUAUGGUAAAGAGAUAUGUAAUUGUAUUUAAGGAAAAAAGAAAGAGAAAGGACCUGCAAAGAGCCCACCCAAUGAUUAGUAAUGGUGUUUUAAAUAAAACCUACUGGGACCAUUGGUUUACAAACUGCUAAUGGGACAUGCAGCCAAUGAUGAGAUUACUGGUUUGAAUUUGGCCCUGGUCAGGAGUGGUUAAAUGUCAUUGUGAUAAUGUUGUCCUUGGGAAACAUGGAUGUCAAGGGAAGGUAUCAACCCAAGGUGUGGUUCAAGCACUCCCUUUUGGGUGGCUGUGAGUGACAGGUACACACCAAAAUGUGCAGAGCAGAGGUCACCUCAGGGGACCUGGUAUUGCUGUUUGCCCACACGUGGACACUGCUGAGAGAGGCUCAGCACAAACCCAGUAGAAACCCAUCUGUUGUGUUGCUUUUGGCACCAGACAAAGCAGGGAAUGUGGCAGGAGCUGGUUGGGAUGGUCCACAGUCAUGGUACUGCCUGUGCAGCUCUUCUGCAGGGCUAGCAGAGUUAUUGAAGCUGCUGAGAUUUCAGUCCUGUCCUAGGCAGAAGUUUAAGAAUUGAUUAGAAAGCUACCAAAAAAACCCCAGGGCUUCAGACAUGUCCUGCGAGAAAUGGAUUUCUGUCUUGAACUAACAAAUACGUCCUUUUGACUUGAUGGAGAUAAUUUAACUGCUGUAUUCUGAAUGUGGGCAUCCUGAAUACGGGGCUGACAGCAUCUAGGCAUUAAUCUUGUUCACACACAUUGGGCACACCACAGCACUGCCAGCUUAGAGCUGAUUGCAGAUUUGUGCAUAGCCCACACCUGCAAACGUGCAUUGGAGAAUUGUGUGUGUUACAUGGAUGUAAAUGUGUUUUAUGUAACAGCUGCAUGUACAUUCUACAAAUAAACAAUUUAAAAUACCUGUGUUGCAAAACCAGGCCAUGUGA